UGGACUUCGUAGUAUUGGUUGUCAUAUGUUGUUGUUAUCAUCACCACCAUUAGCACUGCUAGUAUUAUUGUUGGUAGUAGCAUUACCAUCAUUACUAGUAUUGUCUCUGUUUGCACCUCGUGCCUCGGUUGCCCAUCGCACGCGCGGGAACCUGAAGAGUGAAUUGACGCAUUCAGUGACCCGGAAAACGUACCCGCUGAUUGGAGUUUUGACGGCCAUUGUCCCACCGAUUGGGCGGGGCGCGCCUUUUGGGCGCGCUCCUGGGGUGGCACUGGGACCCCGCGUCCAGGGCGCCCUGGUCCCGAACAUGGCCAGGCAAGGCGGAGGGCCGCGAGCAGGACUGCGGGCUGCCCGGCGCGCUGCUGGGGCUCUGCGACCGACAGUGCUACAUCCCGGGCGCCGAGUGCCCGCUGGCGCGCGGCGCGGAGAGGCGGCGGGAGCUCGGAGAGGAGGGCCAAAACCCGUCGCUGAACCUCGCCCACGCGGUGGUGAUCGCGCUCUACGAGCGUCGGCGGCAGCUGCGGGCGGCCGCCAGGGCUGCGCCCGCUGCCCCCCUGCAGUGAGAGGUCGCGCAGAAAAAAA